AUGGCUGCCCAUCCUUACUCGCCGGCGGGCCUGGACCUCCCGGGCUACGUGCCGCAGCGCCUCUCCCAGCUCGAGAUCCUCGGGCCCUACCUCGGCACCUCCCUCUUCGUUCUCCUCGCCGUCUGGCUCCUCUCCGGGAGAUGCAGCAGACUGUCCAAGGUCGACAGGCUGCUCAUGUGCUGGUGGGCGUUCACCGGACUGACCCACCUCGUCGUCGAGGGGUCCUUCGUCUUCACCCCUGAUUUCUUCUCCAAAGAGAACCCAAGUUACUUCGACGAAUCCAUGAAGGAGUACAGUAAGGGUGACUCCAGGUACGUUGCGAGGGACACCGCCACCGUCACCCUCGAAGCCAUCACGGUUCUGUUGGAAGGCCCUGGAUCGCUGCUUGCAGUCUAUGCUAUUGCAUCCCGGAAGUCCUAUAGCCAUAUCCUCCAGUUCACGGUGUGUCUGGGUCAGCUCUAUGGAUGCAUUGUGUACUUUGCUACCGCCUAUUUGGAUGGCUUCAACUUCUGGGCCAGUCCCUUCUACUUCUGGGCAUACUUUGUUGGAGCGAACAGUUCGUGGGUUGUGAUACCGUUGCUUAUCGCCAGAAGGAGCUGGAAAAAGAUCUGCACUGCGAUUCAUCAAACGGAGAAGGUGAAGACUAAGUAGUGCUAUCAAUAGACUGGGGUUUGGCUGCAACCAGGACACACCGCGCCACUUUGCUCACGACAUUAAAUU